GCAUGCGCGGCAGCAGAUCGAUGGCAGGUGUCGGGGGCUGGCGGCUGCCGGCGAUGGUGCGACUAACGCUGCUGUGGCUGGCUGUGUGCGUUGCGUGUGCCCGUGGGCUCUACUUCCACAUCGGCGAGACUGAGAAGCGUUGCUUCAUCGAGGAAAUCCCCGACGAGACCAUGGUCAUCGGCAACUAUCGAACCCAAAUGUGGGACAAACAGAAGGAGGUCUUCCUGCCCUCGACCCCUGGCCUAGGCAUGCACGUGGAGGUGAAGGACCCGGACGGCAAGGUGGUACUGUCCCGGCAGUACGGCUCCGAGGGCCGCUUCACGUUCACCUCCCACACGCCAGGUGACCAUCAGAUCUGCCUACACUCCAACUCCACCAGGAUGGCUCUUUUCGCCGGGGGAAAACUGCGUGUGCACCUGGACAUACAGGUUGGGGAGCAUGCCAACAACUAUCCGGAGAUUGCUGCUAAGGAUAAGCUGACAGAACUGCAGCUCCGUGCUCGCCAGUUGCUUGACCAGGUGGAACAGAUCCAGAAGGAACAGGAUUACCAGAGGUAUCGAGAAGAACGCUUCCGUCUGACCAGCGAAAGCACCAACCAGAGGGUCCUGUGGUGGUCCAUUGCCCAGACAGUCAUCCUCAUCCUCACUGGCAUCUGGCAGAUGCGUCACCUCAAGAGCUUCUUUGAGGCCAAGAAGCUGGUGUAGUGCCCUCACCAUACAACAUUUCCUUUUUACCUCAAUGAUUUGGUACUUUCCCCACCCAAUCCGUGGUCUACCCACAUUUUGAAGGCAAAAAUGAAAAAAAGAAUGUGCCACUUUGGUAUCAUUACAACAAAUUAUCCAGAUCAGCUCCUGUUAAUCUUGGUUUUCAAAGACACAGGACAUUGGUCCGAGCAUUCAAAGUCUGUCUUAGGGGUUGGGAAAAGUUGGAAUUAACUCCCAAGACAAGUCUUCUUUUUGCCUCGUUAUUUCCCUCUGUCCUCUAAAAGAUGAGCAAAUGGCCUUCUCUUUGUCUGCCUAUGCAGUAGUCAACAGGCAUGCCUCUUGGACGAGGCUCUGCCUUGCUGCUUCCUGGUCAGUCCUGGGUUUCCUCCAUGGCUUUAUGAAUGUAAAUAAGGGGCAGGUCUUGUCUCCAGAGGAUUGAGAUGUUUUUAUAUAUACUAGAACUAUUUUUUGAUAUGCUAUAUAUGUUCUUUCCUAGUUGAAGUGCCACUGCCUGUAAUUAGCUAAAAACACCAAUUCAGUCCUUGUGCAUUCUGUUUACUCACACAUUCUAAAUACCUGCCGUGCAGUGCUCAGGAUUUCAGCAGUGUGUAGGCAGGAAGCAGAUGUUAACAGCUGCUCUCAAUCAAUGUUGGAAGGCCAAGUUCUCUUGGACACCUGUGAUUUCCAUCCCAUAGGGCCUCAGUGUCAGGUCAGAUAGUGACAGAGCUAACUGGGCAGUGUAUUCCUUCCUCAACUGACUUAAUCUGUGGCAAAUGUUUUCUUCCAGGGAACCACAUUUGGGUUCUUUAUUCUUUUCCAAUGAAAUAAAACUUACUAUAGUA